AUUCUUCUUCUAAUUGAUAUUAUACAUGCCCUCGCCUUUAAAUUCCCACGCCGCCAAAGGAAGAAACCCUCGCCGAUUACAAAAGUGAAAAGCCUUUGUCUUUCAGUCUACCACCAUAAGGAAACCCCAAUCAGCCUCCCUUCCUCUUCUCUUUUGUGGAUCCCAACGGAUCUACCAGGAAUCCCAAUCGGCCAUCUCACCGAUCGACAAGCUCAUCGCAUCAACCUGUGUCUCUCCUCUUGUAUGAUCGCCAGGCCCUCACUAAUAGGUAUGCCACGUCAACAAUAUAAGGUACUAAAGGUAUCAGAGGAUAAGAUUGAGAGAAUGGCGAGGAAGGAUUCAAGAGAACCGGGGGAGAAGUUUGGCUCAUUGCACCGAAGGAGGGAUCCCAUGAAUACAAGGAUAUUGAGUAACAAGAAAUGGAUAUAAUAUGUAUCUAACCUUGAAGUAAAGCCUUUGGUAGAACCUGUUACCGAUGUUUAGUAUUGUUAGUAGCAAGAUUGGAG